AUGCUGGACCGCGUCCAUGCUUCAAAAAUCACAAACGACGAGCUGAGGGUUUUCUAUAGCAUCCGGGCUUCUAUCGAAGACGAAUACUCGCGCAAGCUGUUGGCGCUAUGUCGCAAGUCACUGGGAUCAAGUGAGAUAGGAUCACUUCGAGGGUCGCUCGAUGUGGUUCGCGGUGAGACCGAAGCGAUCGCCAAAGCACAUUCAGCUAUUGCAGGACAAAUGAAGACUGAAUUGGAAGAGCCACUUGCCGCUUUUGCUAGUGGUAUGAAGGAACGACGAAAGAUCAUUCAACAGUGUAUUGAGCGCCUGCACAAGACGAAAAUGCAACAGACACAGGUUGUCAACAAAGACUGUCUCCGUAUUAAAGGAUAUCUCGCACAAGGGCACAUGGUCAUGGGCCAGGAAGAGCGCAAGAAUAAGGCCAAGCUGGAGAAGACUCAAAUCCAGCUAGCAUCAAACAGUGCGGAGUAUGAAGCCGCUAUUAAAACACUCGAAGAGACUACCGGGCGCUGGAACAAGGAAUGGAAGUCAGCGUGCGACAAAUUCCAAGAUUUGGAAGAGGAGCGUUUGGAUUUCACCAAAAGCAGUCUAUGGACUUAUGCGAAUAUCGCAUCAACUGUUUGCGUUAGCGAUGAUGCUUCAUGCGAGAAGGUCCGUCUCUCUUUGGAGAACUGUGAGGUGGAGAAGGACAUCAUCUUUUUCAUCAAGGAGCGAGGAACUGGACAGGAAAUUCCGGACCCUCCCCGAUUCAUCAACUUUUGCAAGGACGACGACUCGAGCUCAGAGAUAGACGAAGCAGAGGGUUAUUCAGUGGCACAAUUCCAACGCACUAUGAACCCUGCAUUCCGCACAUCAUCUCCUCAGCCCUCGACAUUCGAUUCUCAUCACGACCCACAGUCAGAUCUUGCAGCUCAAAUGGGACAUCCUGCUCCUCCUGUCAGCAAUGCGCCGCCUCUUCAGCAACAGCCACCAUUGCAGCAGCAGCAGCCCUUACAACAGCAGCCACAGUUCCAGCAACCACCACCCUUGCAACAGCAGCAGCAACACUUCUCGCAGCAGCCACCACCCUUGCAACAACAGCAGCAGCAGCAGCAGCAGCAGCAGCAGCAGCAGCAGCAGCAGCAGCAGCAGCAGCAAUUCACGCAGCAGCCACCACCGCUCCAACGGCAGCAAUUCCCCCCACAGCAGCAACAGCAGCAGCAAUUCUCGCAACAGUCUUUCCCACAGUAUCAGCCGCCUCUGCAGUCACAGCCUCAACAGCCUGCACCUCUGGACUUCCGCCGUGGCGGCGCGCCACCUCCAAACUAUGAUCCAGAACAGCAUGGAGAGAUCGGAGCUGUUCCCCACAACGCAUAUCCUACUGAUGGUAUGACCAUGUUCUGUCGGGCGGGUCCCUCAUCGGAAAGAAGUUCGGCAACUAGCGCAUAUCGACCAUCUAGUCGCGAUUCUCAAAGCGAAGUUUCGAACCCAACAUCCAUGUCUAGUGUUGAGGCAACUCCGACGAAGAAACCUCCCGUAAAGCCAAUAAGCAUCGCCCCGCAACCAAUUUCCGGGGAUGAAAAAUCGCCGAAAAAGAAGAGUGCUUUCUUCAGCAACAGUCCCUUCCGUCGCAAGAGUCGUCAUGACAAGGAACGGCCGGUCAUCAAUUCACAACAAGCCAUUGCUCCUCAGCCGAUUAGUUCCUCCAACUCAGCACCUCGUGGUGGCUGGGACUCCCCGACAAAGCAAAUGAGCCCGACAAAGCAAACCAGCUCUCCCAAGCAAAUCAGCUCUCCCAAGCAAGUUAUUCCGCCCAAGCAGAUUAGUCUGCCGAACGAAGUUAGCCAGCCAACGCAAGUCAGCCCGCCGAAGCAAGUUAGCCCGCCGAAGCAAAUUAGCCCGCCGAAGCAAAUUAGCCCGCCGAAGCAAGUUAGCCGGCCAAAACAGGUCAUUGCGCCCAAGCAAGUUAGUCCGCCUAAACAAACCAGUCCAGUCAGGCCUCCAGCAAGCCAGUCUGGUCGUGUCUCUGGCAGUCCAGAACCUGUUGAUCCCAGAGCCAACUUCCAACUCAACGUUGGCAACAACGUCUUUGAUGUUGCAUCGCCAGAAAAAGGCUCGCCCAACAAGGGAGCGCAGCAAGCCCAGUCGCCCGAAGGUGAAUUAGACCCCAUCGCACGGGCUCUGGCGGACCUUAAGACAAGCGGCAAGCAAUCGGCGACUAGGGUGUCGGCAGAUAGAUACCAUGGUAUCUCCACGCCCACCCCAUCAGCACCUUCUUCUACCUAUGGUGGCAGCAAUUCUGGUGCUGCGGCUGGUGCUGCUGCUCCACCGCCAGCUUACAAUGACCCCACAGUCAAGCGACUUGGAGCACCCCAGCCGGCUUUCACGGCAAAGCAAAUGCACAAGACAACUCAGAAGUACACUGGUCAGACCCAAAAUAUGCUUCGGGGUCAAAACAACAGCAUGGGGUCGAGACAUAGCGGUCAAACCCAAGAAGCCCCCCGAGCCAGAUCACCAGCACCAGCACCCAGACGGAGCGUCAGCCCCCAGGUUGCUUCUCCCCGCGUGGAUACUCGAAUGAGCCAGAACAGUGGCAGGGGUCCAAGCCCUAGUCCAAGUUCGUACCAGUCUAACAGCAUGCGGAGUCGAUAUAGUCAAAGUCCCACUCCGCGUCGGACUCAAGACCCGCCCUACUCUCCAAACGAUUUCGUUCGGCGACCCUCCCCUGCUAUGAGCCAUCGUGCAGUAUCUCCGCAGCCCCAGUUCAGGCAGCAGGCUCGUCCUUCUAGUUCCGGUGGCAUGGAGCUGCAGUUGUCAGGAAGUCAUGACAUGUACGGUUCUGUCAGUUCGGGUGGAUAUGCCAGCUCCGUUCGAGGAAGCAGUCGCCCUUCAUCGACUUAUGGAGACGGUCCACCCGUUGGGCGAUCGAGGAGCCGCACUCUGGCUGUUGCAGACCCUGGACGCAAGUUCAGCCGUGAUGGUCGUCCAAUCUUGCACUUUGCUCGUUCUAUGUACACCUACAAUGCCGCCAUCCCUGAAGAGCUCGGAUUCAGCAAGGGCGAUGUCCUUUCUGUUCUUCGUCUGCAGGACGACGGAUGGUGGGAAGCCGAAGUCACCAACUCCCGUGGCCGCCCUGGUCUCGUGCCCAGCAACUACUUGCAAAUCAUCUAA